CUCACGACAUAUGAUGCGAUCAUUGCACAGCGCCUGAAAAUAUGGCGCCUGUGCGUCGAUACCUGAGAAUCACAAAGUACUCGGUACUCGAGUGCCGCAUCUACCUCGACAACCCAGCCUUGGCGCAGUCAUGGCUCCUGAACCCGCGUGACCCGGUCCUGCCACGGGUCAUCGAGAGCAUUCGUCCACUUGUGCUGCCGAAGCUGCGCGAGGAGAAGGAGCGCGAGAGGAGCAAGAAGAAGAGCUCGAAGAAGAAGAACGUCAAAGACGUCAUUGUGCAAGAUGACUUUGAGGUCUCCAUGUUCCUCACAGAGACGAGCACGCGACAUUCACUUCUCACGAAGCAGAAGCACUUCCGCGAAGCGGCGCCGCCGAUGAUACAGUCCAACUCGACGCGGCUCAUGGGCGAGACCAGCGACGCGCCCGUCGACGUCGACGCAGAGAGCACGCCCCCUCCUGUAGUCCUCCGUGAGGAGAGCGACGAGGGCGAUGGUCUGCGGCUCGCCAAUAUACCGCACGCGGGGCAAAGGCAGAAGAGACGACGAAUGAGAGCGAAUCCGGGUGGACAAGAUGGCGACGAUGCCUCUGACACGGACCCAUCGGACGACGAUGGCCCAGCAUCGGCAAUUGAGAUUGACUCUGACGCGGAGGAGCCUGCAGCAAAGCGACUCCGAGGUGCGGCCGAGUCUGAGGCGGGCGCAGACGACGACAAGAAGAAGCUUGCCAUGGACGUGUCGUACGAAGGUUUCGCCAUCUACGGGCGGGUGUUGUGCUUGGUGGUCAAGCGGCGAGAUACCAGGUCGCAGCUAUCGCUUGCAAAGGCCGACGGGCGCGGGCCGGUCAAGGCCACGGCAGGGGAAGGCCAAGCCAAGAUGGAGAAUUGGAUCACUUCGACGCAGAUCCCUGUGGGCGAGGAGGAGAUGCCGUGAGGCGGGCCGCGAGACGGGCCGCAAGGCAACGACGAGAAUAACACCACCGCCGCCACAACCCCCCAGGACCCCAACGGGAACGUCAGCCGCGUCAGCGAAAGCAACAGCAACAUCUAGCCCAGGCCUGCUGCUUCCAAAUACUUGCUGGCCAUUGUCUCGGCCGUCGAGCGGGGAAAACAGUUGACAGGUCUCUCCGUGUAACCCCAAACCCGGGCUUCGCAGUGUCCCGUGAUGACUGACAUCGCAGGCCCCCCCGGCCAAGUCUGUGGGCUGUUGGUACCCCCGGGAAAUGAGAAAAGCGCCCCCUCCUUCAAGGGCCGCCGCCCGGACAGCGCAGCGCUCCCUGCACAUCCGCAUCGCGUGAUGUGCGACGGGCCGCUGACGGCGAGAUGCGGGAACAAACGGGGACGCUCGAGGCCAUUGCAUGCCCCGCUAGCAUGACGUCUCUCACAUCGGCACUGCGGGCGGGAAGGCAAUGGGCUCCGAUGCGGCUUGGCCCGGCGGAGAAGGAGUUUUUGCAUGAUUUGUGGCCUGCUCGGCGCGUACGUAUUAGGAGGUGCAAUCUGCUCGCUUGGCGGACGGUUCAGGCACAAGAUGCGGGCAACUUUAAACAACGCAGGCACAAGGCACCAUCUAUGAAGCACGUUGUAUAGUAUGGGUGUGGAGAAGGUAUUCCACACAGAUACCGCGGGCAGGUACGGAGUACGUAUUCGCCAUUUGGGUUCACUGAGCACACACUACAGAGACCAUGCAUAACGCAUGUCUUUCAAAGCACAGGACUGCACCCAUAUAUGGACAUGACGGGUUCCGGGUGCUAGCUCACGCCCUGCGCCGAGAACCGACAGUCGUUCGACCGAGACACCAACGGAUGCAACGGCGCGUUGGCGGAGCGAGAGCCCCCAAGUCACACUGCCCUUUUUUUUUUUGUAUCAUCAGCGACGACCAGGUUGUUGUCAUUCCGUGGGCUCCGCACUUGGGGACUUGUGCUCCCCAAGACGCCAAGCAAGAGGAUGACCAGGCCCGUCGGCCUUUACGCGAGCGCGGCCAACUCAGAGACGGCCGAGCGGGGGGAGGACUCAUCAUCUCGCUCAAUCAUCCUCGACUCAGACGCGCACACGUGAUGGGGCCAUUCGUCUGGGGCGACGGCGAUGCCAUUGGCGCGACUGAUGCUCCGACGGGUGGGCGGGAUGGGUGGGA